AUGGUGGUUGAAACGAGAGGAGGUAAGAGGAAGGAUAAUCCAACGAAGGAAGAGACUCGGAGAGUGAAGUUUGCGAAGGAGAUGAGUCAGACGACGGCGGCGGAGGACAACGAUAACAUCGAGAAGACGACGGAGAUGACGGAGACUGCGGAGAAGACGAGUGAGGACUCGAGAGAGACUACGGCGGGAACGAAGCCGACUGAGCCGACUGCUCCGACGACAGUUGUUGGUGGCCCAUCUCCUCCAGCUCCUCCAGCUCCUCCAGCUCCUCCAGCUCCUCCAGCAACUCCAGCGAUUGGGACUCAUUCUGGAGAUGAUGAGAUUGAAGGUUCUGAAGAAGGAAAUGAAGACGGAGAAGGUUCUGAAGAAGAAAAUGGAGAUGGAGAUGGAGCUGCAGAAGGAAAGGAUGAUGAGAAUGGAGGUUCCGAAGAAGUAAGAGAAGAGAUUGAGAACGUUGAGGAUAAAAGACCAGAAGAAAAGGAAUCUGAUUACAUGUUGAAAGAGAUCUCUCACACAAUGAAACAUUUUGGAAGGGUUGUGAAAGAGAAUACGUUGUGGCCUCUUCCAGGUUUCUGUGUCCCACUAGAGCUUAUUGCAUUCGAGGAUAUUGAAAGAUUGGCCUCGGUGGAGGAGUUUGUGAAGGACGACUUGGAUGAGAGAUUGGCCUCGGUGGAGGAGUUUGUGAAGGACGUAGAGAAAGAGAAAGACGUAGAGAAACAGAAACAAAGAAAGAAGUGA